UGCCAUACAACCUUCCGUCUACAAGAGAUUCAUCCCAAGUGGGAGUGAAUGGAAGAGCCUAUAACUCACAGGGAGGCAAUUUCUUUGCUGGAACAGCAAGUAUAGAUGGCUCUUAUAGACCAUAUGAUGGAACCAAUGCCCCUAUACCACAGUAUAUGGGACAAGCAACAUCAAAUAUAGGACACAUGGCGCCCAAUAUGGAACAUAUGGUUUCAAAUAGUAAUCAAAUUCCUCCAGGAACUUAUACUGGAAAAGUGAAUUCAAAUAUGGGACAUCCAACUUCAAAUAUCGUCCAGAUGCCCGCUACUAUGAGUCAAAUGACAUCUCAUAUGCCAAACCUCUCAAAUAAUCAAAUCCCUGUAACAUUCAGUUAGAUUCCUACAACACAGAUUCCUCCAGUACAUUCCAGUGUCAUUCCUACCAUCAUUCAACAAGGAGCUCCAUUUCCUGCUGUGACCCAAGUAGCUCUGACCCCUGCUGUCACACAGCAAGGAGCUCCACCCCCUGUUGUCACUCAACAUGUAGCUCCACCUACUACUGUCACUCAACAAGUGGCUCAACCUCCUACUGUGCAACAAGUACCUCCAACCACCGAUGGUGUCCCUGUAACAGAUGAUGGCCUCUAUUGUAACGUGCCAGAACAUCAUGAACUAGUAGGUUAU